CUUUGCUUGGCUUGAUUGACUAGUACAAAAUGCGCCAUCUACUUCAAGUCAUCCCUUGGUUGCUUCUGCUGCCUCUUAGUCUGGCGUCACCAAACAAAGUAAAGUGUUAUUAUACUUGGGGUUACGACCCCGUUAUUAACAAAUGCGUAGAGCCUUACCCGUAUCCGAGCCUGGGCAGAAUAGGUAACUUGCAACCCACUAUCCUUAUAAAACCUAACUGCGCUGAUGGUCACGUGUGGCAGCAGGAACAAUUGGAAUGUGUGAAAUGUCCGGCAAAGGGCUGUAACCAUCGUGUGAAUAAACCACAAAUUGUGAUCGAAAAACGUUGCCCUUAUAUGCAUAAGCUAGACGUGGCGACCAACAAAUGUGUAAAAAUAGUACCACGUUUUAAGGUCCAUGGUUGAUCAAAGUAUGGUUGUAAUAAACUAACUGAUACAAAAAAUAGCAAACAAAUAAAUAUUUUCUAUAA